AAAUUUCACAACCAUAUGAUGUAUAUCAGGAAUCUGAUGAUAAUGAAUCUAUAAUAACUGAAGAUGAAGUGCUAGAUAAGCCAAAUGAUUCGCCUUCAUCAAGCGAUUCUUCAAAUAAUUUAAGUGAUUCGAGUAAAUCUUCAAUAGAUUCACAAGAACAUAAAUUUAUUAAUUUUAUUCUAACAAAAAUUGAUCCUGAAGUUUUUGAUCCACUGUUCAAUUUUGAACAAAGAUUCAACAUACCUGAUAUGGGUAUAGAAGCCUUAACAAAGUUUAUUUGUUCUUUACUCAAAUAUUUCAAAAUAAAUGAAGCAGAUAUGUUACCAGCUUCCAUGCAUACUGUAAAAUCAUCAUUAGGCAUCUUAACUAAAUAUAAAAAAUAUGUUUCAUGCCCGAAGUGUCAUAAACUCUAUAACCCAUUAGAAAUAAAGGAGUAUAAAGAGGAUGAUCAACCAGCAUGUAAAAGGUGUAUACAUGUAGAAUUUCCUAAUCAUAGGUCAAUGAUAAAACGAUCGCCAUGUCAUGAACCAUUAGCAGAAUUAAUAAAUACAAAAGAAGGUGCAUUAUUACAACCAUUAAAUCUUUACCCAAUUGGAAGUAUAAAGCAACAACUUUAUAUAAUGUAUCAGAGAGCAGGCUUUGAGAAUAUAUUAAGGCAUUCUA